AUGGCCACCCCGGUGACUGCCACCCAACUCACCCCCGACAAUGCCCACACAGUCGUCGACCAUGACCCCGAGCAGCUUGGUCGCCGCCUGAGCAAGGCCCCUUCCAUGGCCAAGGACACCGUCUUUGAAAAGAGUCCCGGUGUGCUCAAGAUCGAGGCCAUUUCCAGCGUCUUCACCCACUGGUACCUCUGGGUCUUGUUCCUCUUCGUCUUCCUCAUUUCAUACUGCUAUGGUCUGGACGGCACCAUGCGUUACACGCUCCAAAACUACGCUUUGGCGUCGUUUGACUCGCUUGCGCAGAUUUCCACCGUCACCGUCGUGCGCUCCAUUGUGGCUGCAGCUGGUCAGCCCGUGUAUGCCAAGAUUUCCGAUUUCUUUGGCCGUGCCUCCAUCCUCUUCAUCGCCGUCUUCUUCUACGUGAUUGGUACGAUUGUGCAGGCAGCAUCCAAGAGUGUGGCGACAUUCAGCGGCGGAGCUGUACUUUACCAGCUGGGUUACACUGGCCUCCAGCUCCUUGUUGAAGUGAUCAUCGGAGACAGUACCUCGCUUCGCAACCGUCUGUUCUUCUCGUUCAUCCCGGCCGCCCCCUUCCUCAUCAACGCAUGGGUCUCGGGAAACAUCGUCGACGCACUGUACAAGGGCGCUGGCUGGGAAUGGGGUAUCGGCAUGUGGGCGAUCAUCGUUCCCGUUCUUUCGCUCCCGCUGUUCGCCAUUCUCAUGAUGGCUAAGAGGCGUGCCAAGAAGGAUGGUCUCCUGGAGGGCAUCCCCAAGCAAAACCUGCUCUCCGUGUCUCUUUGGCUCGAUUUUGCCAACAAGGUUGACCUUAUCGGCCUCUUCCUCCUCGCCGCCACUCUCUCACUCUGUCUGUUGCCCUUCACCCUGGCCGCGGGAACGGCUUCCAAGUGGCGCACCGCUCCCAUCAUCGUCACACUGGUGUUUGGGUUUGCUGUCGCCCUGCCACUGUUCAUUGUCUGGGAGGUCAAGUUUGCCCACCACCCGAUCCUGCCCUUCCGCCUGCUUCGUGACCGCACAAUCCUCUGUGGCCUCGGUAUCGCCCUCAUGCUCAACACUUGUUGGUACACUCAGGGUGACUACCUUUACACUACCUUGAUCGUUGCCUUCGACAAGUCUAUCAUCCAGGCGACCCGUGUCACCAACAUCUACUCGUUCGUCUCCGUCGUCAUCGGCUUCACCCUUGGUGCCGUCGUGCGCUACGUCCGCCGCCUCAAGUGGUUCAUCGUCACUGGUGGCUCGCUCUUCAUCCUCGCAUUCGGUCUCCUCAUCCGUUUCCGCGGUGGUACUUCGCCCUCGGACUUUGCUGGCCUCAUCGGAGCCGAGGUCGUGCUUGGUAUUGCAGGCGGUAUGCUGUCCUACCCAACCCAGGCCCUUGUGCAGGCUGCUGUCAAGCACGAGCGUAUGGCCGUCAUUACCGCGCUCUAUCUCGCCACCUACUCGGUCGGCUCGGCGCUGGGCAACACCAUUGCGGCCGCCAUCUGGACCAACUCGCUGCCGCACCACUUGAUUACAAACUUGAACGCUGCUGGCUUCACGAACGCCACCGAGCUCGCUGCUGCGGCUUACGGCAACCCGUUCGUGUUCGUCGUCGACUACCCCAUUGGAACGCCCGAGCGCACGGCGGUCGACAGCGCCUUUUACGAGGUCCAGCGCUACCUGUGUAUUGCGGGUAUCUGUCUCUCAGUGAUCCUGUUCGCUCUGACCUUUGGUCUCCGCGACGUUCGCCUCACCGACGAGCAGAGUUUCGAGGAUGCAGAGGAGCACACUCUCACCGAGAAGGACCGUGAGGCCAUCAGGGCGGCCGAGAGCAACCUGGUCGUCAAGUAG